AUGAAGAAGGAAUGUAUCUCUUCAGACGGCUUCAUCUCCGGGAAAGCUAUCCACAACUACCUGGUCAGGUUCGCCAAAGAUCAUGAUUUCAUGCGUCACGUUCGCCUUCAGACUCGUGUGACUGAAGUGCGCAGAAAUGCCAACCACCAAAGCUGGAUCGUGGAGACACGGUCUGGAGAGCGACCAAUUCAAUGCAAUAAGUUGAUCUAUGCCACGGGGGCUAGUUCCAGCCCAAUCCGACCGGAAUGGCCUCGAGAGAAUUUCGACAAACCCCGUCAACCACUCGCUAGCCAUGGCCACAAAUUUCUGCUCAAAGCUGGGAAGAAGGUUGACUGGAUUAUCCGACCCAGUGCCUCCGGGGCGUUUUCCAUAUUCGCCCCGACGUUCAUGGGCUUGUGGCAUACAUCGGAUCAUAUAUCUACUCGAUUUGCAUCCAGCUUUAGCCCUACUAUCAUGAGUUGCACUGGGCUCUGGGAUAGCUUCUGGCAGCGCACUAUGUUUGGGAGAUCUCUUACGCGUGUCUAUUGGCCAGUUGCCACGGGCCUGGCAGCGGGAUAUGCGCGGUUCGGGGAUAGUGAACAUACCGAGCAUCUGCGGCCUUGGCCUCACACGGAUGGGCUUUUCUGGGGCAGUGGGGGUAUCGGGAUCGCGACUGUGCCCGACUUUUGGCAGGUCAUCCACGACAGCGACAUCACCGUCCAUCGCACGGAGAUAGAGUCACUCUCGCACCUUGAUAUGGUCAACCUAAAGAACGGAUUUUCCGUGCCGACUGACAUAGUGAUUCAUUGCACUGGGUUUGAGAAAGGUUAUAACACGUUCAGUCCGCUGCUGCAGGAAGAAUUAGGUCUCCAUUACGACCCGCAAGCGAUAUCUUGA